AUGGGACGCGAUGUGAUGGCGAAGAAGAUUUUGAUUCAGCUGUGGACUCUUCUAUCAGAGACUUUCUACAAUCAGCCACCAACCACCGACGAGCAUGUGUCCGUUUUCCUCUACAAUCGCCCGAAUAUGGAUGGCCGAAUAAAAUAUUGGUUCAGUACGUCAUUAUUCCCUCGAAUGGUCACCGCUUUCACCUCUUUGAAUGCAACACUUUGGGGAAACGAAAUGUUCAGACGAGACUACACAGAUAUUCUGAGGGAAACGAUACAGUACACGCUAGGGAAUCGACUUAUUUUGAGGGUUUACGAGUCGUACGCGAUUGGCGAUGGAGAAGAGUUGGAGAAAGCCUGUCAGAAGAUGGAUGACAUGUUUGAGUUGCUAGACGGCACAUCGAACUUCGAUUUGCGGCCGAUUCUCCAAGCAGCCAGGAGUUGGGCUUCCAGCGAAGAGGAGGCGAAUCGCUUCGAGCGGAACACGAAAAUGUUGUUCACGCUGUGGGGACCGAAAGGGGAGAUCAGGGAUUACGGAGCGCUGGUCGGUUGGCUUAGCGGGUGUUCUCAUCAAGAUCAGCUUCUUAUCAAGAUCAGCUUAACCUGGUCAAAACCUGAUUUUGAUGAAAGCUUUGAUGAAAGAGUUGAGCUGAAAAGCAUAGAGUUUCCGAGACUGCGGAAUGGGACGCGAUGUGAUGGCGAAGAAGAUUUUGAUUCAGAUUCGACGGACGGCGAUGGUGAAAGGGCUGAAUCGACGGAAGAAUGCGAGGAACGCGUCUUCUUU